AUGAAUGACCAACUUCAACGCGAGCUCAAGACCUUGGACCGGUCCUAUAGCUACGAGCAAACCGUGGUAAGUUUUUGGAUGUGGAAAAUUGAUCAGUUUUUUUAUUGGAAAAAUAAUCCCAGCGAAAAUUCUGUUGGCAAAUCGAUAAGGUUUUAAAAAAUAGUCCAUAGAAUUUCAAGGUUGUCGAAAAAAAGUCAUGGAUUUCACAAAAAAUGCAUUGCUAUAAUACGGGAAGUACACCAAGUGCGACGCGCAGAUUUUCUUUUAAUUUUGCACACAUAUUGUGUUUAGAGCAUGUAUCAAUCUCUGAAAGUUUCAGCUCAUACUUUGUCAAGGCAGCCGAGUUAUUGACCAAUCUUUGCGGCUGAGAGAGUACUUAAAAAGCGGAGAGCGGUCAGAGAGAAAACACUUUUUGGUCGUAUCUUUCUUAUAUAGUUUCGUGCAAAAAAAUGUAUUUUUUUGUGAAAAAAUUUCCCCUUACGGUAGAAUAUGAAAUUUUUCAUGGCAAAAUUCAAAAAAAUUCAAAAUUGUUUAAUUUUUCGGACAGAAAAUCUCAACCACUGCACGCCCACGCUGAUAGGAACCUAGACAAAAGAAAAAAAGUUCUGCAAAUCUUCGGCGACUCGCACCGUGCAUCCAGCCCAAACAGUGAGUUUGCACAGUGUAAUUAACUAGGCCUUCCUGAAAGUCACCGGACGGAACUUUGGGGUUUCCACUGCGCGAAAAAAUCAGGGUGCGAGCGACAGCCGAAAAAAGCCUAUUGCAUGGUGCAAAAAGGAAAAAAAUUUCAACGUGACCUGCGAUGUAGCUAAAAUAUAGUCGUGUAAAUUUCCACGACUAUAUUUUAGUGUAUUUUUAGCAAAGCACAAGCUGAAAACCUCGUAUAAGUUUUAGUAUAUCUAAUGGGAAACUUGGACAAAGUUGUUAUAAAUUUUGUUCUUCAGCAACUCGGUCGCUACCGUCUCGACAGCGAAGACGAAGACAAGCCGGAUGAAGUUGACGAAAAGCAAAAGAAAAAGGGCGGGAAGAGCGUCCGCUUCCACGAGCACGAUCCGCGCGAGGACUGGAAAGAGGAGCGCAAAUCCAAGACAUGUCUGGGGCAAUUGACGAAAGUUUGCUGUCAAAUGAGGCCUGGUAAGACAGUCAACGUAUACACAAUAUAUAAUAUAUGUAUAUAUAUAUAUAUAUAUAUAUAUAUAUAUAUAUACAUAUACUAUAUUAUAUGUAUGACAUUUCUUUAGCCCUCACAUGGCGAUCAAUUCGCUCCACGUUGGUGGACUGGCUUCUGUUGGCCAUACUAGGGAUUGGAAUGGCCAUAGCGAGUAUGGUGGUGGAUGCAAUUAUCGAUUAUCUCAAUAAAUGUGGGUAAAAUACGACAUCUGUUCGAACUUGCCUUUGAUUCCAGUUCAAAUUGUGUUGUUGACAUUAAGCGGGUCGUUUGAGUCGGAAGCCACCAACUACCUCUUGACAUACCUCUCUUGGGUCGGCUACACGGAGAUGCUGGUCCUCUGCUCCGCCAUGUUUGUACAUUACAUUGCGCCGCAAGCAAUUGGUAAGGGUUGAAAUGACCGGCGGAUGUCGCAAUUCCAAAAUUUUAAUAUACAGGGUGGGCCACUCGAAACUGACAAGUUGUUUCUUUGAAUUUCUCCGCGGAGACUCCGCCGAUUUUUCCAAAAUUUAGAUUUUUCUGGAGCUGAGACCCGCCAUUUUCAACCGACUUACUUUCAAGAAAAUAUAUUUUGAAUUGACCUUUCCAUGCCUUCUCAAAGUUUUGAAAAAUUAUUUUCAGGCCGAAACCGCUAAAACUUGGAAAAUUUUUGGAAUGAUUUUGAAAAAUUGGUCAUUUUUCCGAGUUCUUGGGUGAAAUUUUCUUUGUUUUACCUCAGAUAGUUAUCAAAUAUUGUUCCAAAAACAAUUUUAUUUAACAAUCUGAUUAUUAAUGUUUCUGUCUGGGUUAUUAUGCCCACCUCCUCUCGCAUCACAAACUUGUAGUGGCUUUGAGAGUCAUGAGCAGUUAAAAUUACGUAUCGUGGAUACGUAAUUUUAAUUACGUAUCUGAGCUUCAAGAUGCCCCAAGCCUGACUCGAUAACGAUUGACGUCGAAUUUUUCAAUCUUUUCUGAAUUUUUUUUUUUUUUUUUUUUUUUUUGAGCGUUCGUGCCCUAAUAGUAAUACAAACAACCCUCUUGUGGCUUUCAAUUUGCUUUAAACAAGUUUAAGGCGAGCACUAGCAACUUUUUACUCCACGAUUUCCCAAAAAAAACCAAAAAUUUUCCAAGUGUGAGAAAGUCAAUUGAAAAUCAUUCCAAAAAUUUUAUAAGAUUUAGCGGUUUCGGCCCGAAAAUAUUUUUUCAAAACUUAGAAAAGGCAUGGAAAGGUUAAUUCAAAAUAUGUUUUUUUGAAAUUCAGUCGGUUGAAAAUGGCGGGUCUCAGCUCCAGAAAAAUCUAAAUUUUAGAAAAAUCGGCAGAGCCUCCGCGGAGAAAUUCAAACAAACAACUUGUCAGUUUCGAGUGGCCCACCCUGUACAGGGUGUUUCAAGAAAUUCCGCGGAAAGUCGUCGUCGAUUUCUCGGCGCUCAGCCACAAUAUCCAAAAAAUUUUUUUUUUGCAGUAGAAAGAAUGUAGUGGGCGGUUUUUUGCCUAAAAAGAUUUUUUUCUACGCCGACGCGGAAUGCAGUGUAUUCGGCGGAGACAUUUGAUAGCUUUUUUGCCAAUCCCACUUAUCUCAAACGCUUUAUUACGAAUUUUGACGGUUCAAAAGAGGAUGAAUCUUGAAGAUUGAAGGAGGAUUUGCAUAUUUCUAUGUUUUUCAAGUAUUCGGCGAAGGUAUGGCGGAUGCUUUCCAUAUCGGCGGAGGCCAUAACUCAUCUUCGGACAAAGACACAGAGCUGGGAAAUGGCUCGAAAUAAUUCCUGUGCUCUGGUUAACACCAUCCUUCAUCAUUUCUUAUGAAAAUCAAAUUUUUUCUCAGUUUGGCGGAGGAAUCGGCGGAGGCCAUAACACAUCUUUGGUUAAAGAUACAGAGCUGGGGAAUUGCUCAAAAUGAUUCAUGCGCUCCACACUGGGGUUAGUCAGAGCACAUGAGUCAUUUUGAGCCAUUUCCCAGCUCUGUAUCUUUGUCCGAAGGUGAGUUAUGACCUCCGCCGAUUCCUCCGCCAGAUUGAAAAGAAGUGUGAUUUUCAUAAGAAAUGACGAGGGAUGGGGUUAAUCAGAGCACAUGAGUCAUUUUGAGCAAUUCCCCAGCUCUGUAUCUUUGUCCAAAGAUGUGUUAUGGCCUCCGCCGAUUCCUCCGCCAAACUGAGAAUAAAUUUGAUUUUCAUAAGAAAUUAUGAAGGAUGGUGUUAACCAGAGCACAGGAAUCACUUCGAGCCAUUUCCCAGCUCUGUGUCUUUGUCCGAAGAUGAGUUAUGGCCUCCGCCGAUAUGGAAAGCAUCCGCCAUACCUUCGCCGAAUACUUGAAAAACAUAGAAAUAUGCAAAUCCUCCUUCAAUCUUCAAGAUUCAUCCUCUUUUGAACCGUCAAAAUUCGUAAUAAAGCGUUUGAGAUAAGUGGGAUUGGCAAAAAAGCUAUCAAAUGUCUCCGCCGAAUACACUGCAUUCCGCGUCGGCGUAGAAAAAAAUCUUUUUAGGCAAAAAACUGCCCACUACAUUCUUUCUACUGCAAAAAAAUUUUUUUGGAUAUCGUGGCUGAGCGCCGAGAAAUCGACGACGACUUUCCGCGGAAUUUCUUGAAACACCCUGUAUAAAUUCCAAGAUAUCAGUCUGUCGGGAAAAUAAUGAAGUGAAAAGAAAUUUCACUUUCCCACGAAAAAAAAACACUUUUCAUCGUAUGAAAUGUCACCCGUUUUCUCAUAUUUAAGUUUUUGUCGUAUAAAAUGUCACCCAGCCCAAAUUUUAUUUAUUAAUUGCAUAAUGUCAGCGGUUACUCAAAAAACACUUUUCAUCGUAUAAAAUGUCACUUUUUGACAAUUCAUUUUCUCGCCGUGGCGAUGCGAUUUUUGAUGCGACAGAGUGCUCAUUACUUUCCCGACAGGCUGAUAUAUAUACAUAUAUAUAUAUAUAUACAUAUAUAUAUAUAUUCUCGUUGCAGGUUCUGGGAUCCCCGAGAUGAAGACAAUCCUUCGUGGAGUAAUAUUGAAGGAUUACCUGACAUUUCGAACAUUGCUCUCAAAGUUCAUUGGACUUACCUUCUCAUUAGGGUCCGGUGUGCCGAUCGGGAAAGUUGUAGGUUCUUCACGCUCAUGCUGCUAUCCAGAAAAACUGAAUUAACAAAGGAGGACCCUCAAGUGAAACACUCAGAUUUUCUUUGAAUUUUGCAGGGCAUUCGACACCUAUCAAUUCCCCAAAAUUUUCUUAUAGCUCGCGCUUUGCAGGGAGGGUCGUUUCUGGAAAUAGCGACUCGCGUAAAAAAAUACAAAAUUAGCCUAAAUUUGCGUGAAGUGUGAUCAAGAUCCGAGUGUCGCGCUUGGGGUACUUCCUGUGUGGGUUCAAACUCUGAGCUUCAUCUUAUUGAAACACGUUUCAUUUAGUCACCACAUUUUACUCGUCUGUCAUUUCCCCAUCAGUUUGUCUGUCGUGAACUUUCGGUUUAAAAAUCUCGGUUGUUUCUGCAAAACGCGAGCUAGGAUUCACGCAUAUAUCUUAGAAAAAAUAUUCAAAAUUUGUGCCAAGUUUCAUCAAAAUCUGAGCGUCGCACUUGGAGUACUUCCCUUGCUAGUUGGAGAGGGAGUCAUUUUGCCAUGUUUUUGAUACUUCCCGGAUACAAAAUGAUACGUUUUUUGCCACUGGAUCAGGCCCCUCACUGCAGCUUUACCUGUUUUAGGGUCCAUUCGUGCAUCUGGCCUCCAUCGCCGCGAACCUUCUCAGCAACCUUGCUGCCAGUUUUGAUGGUGCCUAUGGCAAUGAAUGCCGCAAGUCGGAGAUGCUGGCUGCUGCAUGCGCAGUGGGUGUUGCCUGUUGUUUCAGUGCUCCGGUUGGCGGUAAGACCUUCCAAAAUUAUGAGUUUUUUCCAUCUUUAGGCGUUCUCUUCUCCAUCGAGGUAACUACAAUGUACUUCUCCGUGCGUAAUUAUUGGCGAGGAUUCUUUGCCGCGGCGUGCGGUGCGACCGUUUUUCGGCUGUUGCGUGUUGUCUUGCUUCAUUCCGAAGCGACGUUGGUCGCGUUCUAUCAGACCGACUUCCCGAAAGACGCCUUCGAAUACGAGGAGCUGCCGUUCUUCGCCUUGAUCGGAGUGAUUUGCGGAUUUGUCGCCGCCACUUACAUCAUCUUCUACCGCUCGUUGGUCCUGUUCCUUCGGCAGAAUGAUUAUGCCAAGAAAUUCUUUCAGAAAAAGUGAGUCAAUGUUCUCGGCAAUAGUAUCAUGAUAUGUCAGUCUGUCGGGAAAAUAUUGAGCACUGUGUGGCAUCGAAAAUCGCCGCCGAGAAAAUGAAUUUUGUCGUGGCAAAAUCAAAUUGCUUUUCAAUUCAGCGAUCGGUGCAGCGACAAUGUGCUCAUUAUUUUCUCGACAGACUGAUAAUUUAAAAGCUGUGUGUAGAAAUACACACGUUCCAAAAGGAAAAAAAAACUAUGAUUCCAGCCCACAAGUAGCGAAACAAAUUAAAUUUUUUGCGAUUUUUUGACCAAAAAAAUCUGGGUUGUUUCAAUCGCCCAUGUGUGCUAUUUGAGCGAUACGAUCGGCGCAACAACAAUGUGUUCAUUAUUUUUCCGACAGAUUAAUAGGAUUUUCAUAAAGUGCGUAGACUUUUCGUCUGCUCAUUAUUUUCCCGACAGACUGAUAUUAUUUUAUUUUCAUUCCAGCUGGAUCGUCUAUCCGAUCGUCGUCUCCUUCUUCGUUGCGUCCAUCACAUAUCCGCGAGGCUACGGUAGAUUUUUGACCGGUCGGGUAAGUAGAAACAACUCUGUUGACAUUCUUCUCGCCAUUCUAGUACAAGUUCACUCAAACGAUCGUGGAUCUGUUCUCCAAUUGCACCUUCACCAAGCCCAUGAAGUCGGCGGAAAGUCCGCAUGGCUGCACGUUGGAGCAGCUGUCCACGUGGACCAACCACGAAGGCUAUGGGCCAUACAACUUCUUCGUGGUGGUUACUCUUUUCGCCUUCACUUUUGUAAGUCUUCUAUUUUUGAUGAUUGUGGUUGAGCCUGAACUCUCCUCCUUUUAUGAUUUCCACCAAAAAAUCUGUAUUCUCCCCUUUUUUGAAUACUCUCCCAUUUUGAAAAUUGAAAAAACGAAGUGUGACAUGUUAUACGAUGAAAUUUUUUUUUCAAAUUGAAAAAAUGAGGUGUGACAUCUUAUACGAUGAAAAAUUUUUUUCAAAUUGAGAAAAAUGAGGUGUGACAUGUUAUACGAUGAAAUUUUUUUUUCAAAUUGAGAAAAAUGAGGUGUGACAUGUUAUACGAUGAAAUUUUUUUUCAAAUUGAGAAAAAUGAGGUGUGACAUGUUAUACGAUGAAAUUUUUUUUCAAAUUAAGAAUGUCACACCUAAUUUUUUUUCAAUUUGAAAAAAAUUUUUAUCGUAUCAGAUGUCACACCUUAUUUUUUCAAUUUGAAAAAAAAAUUCAUCGUAUAAGAUGUCACACCUCAUUUUUUGAAUUUUCAAACUGAGAGGGAGUGUUCAAAAAGGGGGAGAGUUCAAAAAAGGGUUAGAGGUCUGCCGCAACGGAUGAUUGUCGGGAAAAUAAUGAGUAUAAUAUCGCUGCGCCAAUCGCACGGCAUUUUGUACUUUUGGGACACAACCGAUCUCCGCGACUUUUCGAAUUUUUUUCGGAAUGCGCUUGCUUUCUCUCGCCAUAUCUCGCUAGCCGCUUAAGCUAGAAGGCUAAACUUUGGCAUGGCUGUAGCGUAAAAAGUCAGCUUUCAGAAAAUGUAAACGUUGUAAAAAAACCCAGCAACAUAAACUUCACAACGACAAUUGAAAAAAAAAUAAUUUUUAAAAGUUCUGCAAUCCAAAAGUGCAGGUUACAUGAUCGCAGUGGCAAUUUUUUUGCUUAUAUGUGUGAAAUUUGAUUCUCUACAAGAUUGCCAACUCUCAUAUGAUUUGAUCUGCCACGAUCUGAGUUAUGAUUAAACAUCACAAUGCUUUUUUUUGGUAUUUUAAGGACAUUUCGGCCCUUAGGGCAUGAAUCAAAAAAUGAUCUUUUCGGCGGCAAUGCGAUUUCCGAUGCGACAGAGUGCUCAUUAUUUUCCCGACAGACUAAUAUCAUCAACUUUUAGCUCUUUCUCUCCGGUCUCUGCAACACAAUGCCGAUUCCGUGCGGAAUGUUCAUGCCGACGUUCGUUGUGGGCGCGGCGAUUGGGCGGGGUGUGGGCGAGUUCGUCUCCGUCAUGUACCCGGAUGGUAUGCCGGGCGGAACGGACCAGCCCAUCUUCCCGGGAGUCUAUGCGGUGGUGGGCGCGGCCGCGUUGUCGGGUGCCGUCUCGCACAGUGUUUCGGUGGCGAUGAUUUGCUGCGAAAUGACUGGGCAGUUGGUCUAUUUGAUCCCGUUAAUGGUGAGUGAGCAUAGUCAUUAGCGAAACGGUGAUUUUUAGAUUGCAGUAAUCGUUGGCAACGCGGUCUGCAAACAUCUUCAGCCGUCGAUUUAUGAUGCAGUCAUCAAUAUCAAACAUUUGCCAUAUCUCCCCGACAUUCCGCCCUCCAAUUCAGCGUAGGCGAAAUACAUUGACGUCAAGGUAUGACUCUUUAAUUUAGUGUCCAUCUCUUCACCGCUGAGCAUAUUAUGGUGACUCCUGUGAGGUAUCUGACCAAAAAAACAACCUAUAUGGAGAUUCGGAAUAUCGUCGUGGAAAUGAGGAAGGUCCACAGCUUUCCGGUGGUCGAUGAUCAUGGUGAGAAUUGGAAUUAUAAAUACUAGGUCUCUCCAGCCAAAAAAGGUUUACGGGGGAACUACUCCCAGUGCGACGCUCAGAUUUUCUUUAAAUUUUGCAGGGUAUGGACUAAAUAUCAAUUACUAAAAGUUUUAGCUCGCGCUUUGCCGGCGCCGCCGAGAUAUCGAACGAUUUUUGCCGCCGAGAGAGCACGCUAAAUGUGGAGAGCGGUCAGAGAGAAAAGCGCUUUUUGGCCAUAACUUUGGCAGUUUCGUGCGGAAAAAUUUGAUUUUUUGUAGAAACAUUAUCCUUUACGGUAGAAAUAAGCAUGAAACUUUCGGUGCCGAAACACAGCAAAAAGUCCUACAUUUUUGUCGACUUUCUAUCUAAAAAUCUCGGUUGUUUCUGCAAAGCGCGAGCUAGGAUUUUCGUAUAUAUCUUACAGAAAAUAAUUCUAAAUUUGUGCCAAGUUUUAUCAAAAUCUGAGCGUCGCACUUGGAGUACUUCCCCUGUUAGUGAAAAGGGAGCAACUGGACGAAGAGGGCACUACUUUUUAUAAGGAAGGUACUUUUAUGGAGUAUGGAGUUACAGGUCGAGACAUAUAUCAAAAAAUUAGCAAAAUGUCCCUGAUUCAGAAUAUGCAAAAAUUAGCUGCCUAAUUUUGGUCUGUAACGGCGAAACCCCCUCUGAAAUUUGCUUGCAACACCGCAAAAAUGGAUUUUCUUGACGAAGUUUUUGCCAAUUCAAAACUUUGUUUUGACCUAGAGUAAACCCUGGCAAGCCUUUAUAUCAAGUUUGAUUAACACUACACAUUCAUUAGAAGUUCCAGUGUGAAAAAAGGGCACUUUCUGGUGUUGCGAGGAAAGUUCAGAGGGGCUUUUCGCCCUUAAAAACCAAAAUUGGGCAGCUAAUUUUUGCAUAUUCCGAAUCGGAAAAAUUUUGCGAUUUUUUGAUGUAUAUCUCGACUUGUAACUACAUAUCUAAUAGAAGUACUGUCCCAGCCAAAAUUGGAAAAAGUUCCUUAUUUUGGCCACAAAGAAGGUACUCCGCGAACUGCGCCCAAGCUUGGGCACUAAAGCUAGAAAAAAACGCUUCGACCUAGCUGGCAAUGGAUUGCUAUAAGCUCUAUAGUUUUAUUGGUACCUACGAAGGCUGUGACGACUCAUUUAGUUCCAUACGGAGGCAAUAAGUUUAGUUCCGGACAUGUUUCAUCGUAUAAAGUGUAAAAUCACAGGCUGCAGCCGUUUUUGAAGGGUAAGGUGGUACGUAAAAAAGAAGGUACCUCACUACCUAAAUCCACUGUCCGGGCAUUGAAAACGAUGAAUUAAACGUGCACGCUAAAUUUGGGCUAAUUCCGACCAAAGUUACCUUAAAGUUAUAAGUUGUGGCCAAAAUAAGGAACUUUUACCCCAAAAUUAUUCCUCGGACUGACCUCUUCGCCCAGGAACCCUCUUCGGAUCCAACCGCCAAAAAAUAUUAUUUUCACUUUUCCAGAUUCGAUGAUGCUGCUCGGUUCGAUUGCCAAGCGCCGUUUACUCGAAAUCCUCAACCUUCAAAUCGGCGACGAAGCCCGAAAACAAGAAGCGGAACGUCGUAUUAAGGUCGCCAUCGAGACAAUCGACCAGCACUUCAAGGACAACAUGGCGUUGAGGUUUUUGCAGGUGCUGGAUGCUGAUAGUAAGAAGACCAGCUUUGUUGAUGGCGACUUCCAUGCCAAUGGAGGGAUCCGGGAGCUCGAGCAUGUGGAUGAGAUCAAUGAAAAUGGGCUUGAAUAUGAAACGAAAGAGGAGAAAAACGAUGACAACGAAGAUUUUGCAAAUUCGAGAACACAAUCGUUCACACGGAGCAGGUAAGAUAUUUCGUCCAAACGGAGUGUGACAAAUGACACAAGAAAUUAAAAAAUUAUGAGAAAUAUUUUUUGGUCAUUAAACCCACGAAAAUUGUGUUGUACCAAGGGAAAUUUUUUGUAGACUAUAUUUUUUUUAUUUUUCAAAAAAUAUACACGGUAAGGGCUUGGUCGCCCCUUACCAUAAAAUUUUUUGAAAACCGAAAAAAAUAAUUCUAAAAAAAUUCGACUUACAGGGGAAGUGCUUCAAGUGUGACGCUCAGAUUUUCUUUAAAUUUUGCACACACAUCGAGUAUGGACUAAAUAUCAAUUCCUGAAAGUUUUAGCUCGCGCUUUGCGGGCGCCGCCGAGAUAUUGAACGAUUUUUGCCGCCGAGAGAGCACGCUCAACGUGGAGAGCGGUCAGAGAGAAAACCGCUUUUUGGCCAUAACUUUGGCAGUUUCGUGCGGAAAAAUUUGAUUUUUUGUAGAAACAUUAUUCUUUACGGUUGAAAUAGGCAUGAAACUUUUCGUGCCGAAAUUCGGCAAAAAGUCCCAAAUUUUCGCCGACUUUCGAUCUAAAAAUCUCGGUUGUUUCUGCAAAGCGCGAGCUAGGAUUCCCGCAUAUAUCUUAGAAAAAAUUAUUCUAAAUUUGUGCCAAGUUUCAUCAAAAUCUGAGCGUCACACUUCAAGUACUUCCCUUGUUAGUCCCCCCUUACCAUAUCAUCUCCUCAAGGUGCCCCCUUCAUCCAAUGCCCUCCUCAAACCAAACCCUUUAGAUUCACAAUCGAGCCAGUCACCGCGGAGACCAUCAAAGAUGAGAUGAAGAAAGCCAAAGCAACAUCGGACAGGCCAAAGAAGAUCCGCUAUUUCAGCGGCGGAAAUGGCAGUAAAUCGCCGGCGGCAGCGCCCGCAAGAGUUCGACGAAACGCCUUCAGCAGCGCAUCCAUUCAUAGCGAGAAUAAAGAGGAGGCAGAGGAGGAGGAAAGAGCAGAGGCGGCCAGGAAAGAAGAGACAAAAUCGGUGCAUUCGGAGGUGUCGGACACGUCGAAGAAACUGAGUUGGCCGUCCAAAUUGAAUUAUGACUCUGUUAGCAGUAAGUUGCAAAAUUGAGGUAAAGUGGUUAAGCUCCUUCAAGCUGAGAUGCGAUUCGAAAUUUCAACGAAAUUUUAACGGCACUUCUCCGCUAACCUCAAAACUUUGAUUUCCAGAGAAUCUCGCGAGUUUCCUCCGCAACACCAAGAAUCGCUUCAACCUGCAGAAACGCAAAAACACCAAAGAAAAGGCGGAAUACGAUCUGUUCGAGGACGAGAGGAGGGUCUGGGAACAGGAGCAACUGCAACAAUCGAUCGAAAUCGAUGAAAAUCUCAUCGAUCCGGCGCCAUUCCAGCUGGUUCGGAGGACCUCUUUGUACAAAGUGCACUCGGUAUUUUCGCUGUUAUCGCUGAACCGAGCCUACGUCACCGACAGAGGUCGGCUGGUGGGAGUUGUGGCGUUGAAGGAUGUGAGUAAAUUAUGCGAAAAGAAUGGCGUUGAAAGUUGCUUUUUUACUGUUUUUCUUUCCUUUCUUUGUCCAUAGGCCAACUAAAAGUUAUCAGCUGUCAGGAAAAUGAUGAGCACAAUGUUGCAUCCAAAAGCGAAAACGACGUUUGUCGUGACAAAAUCAAGUCGCGUUUCAAUUCAGCGACGUGACCGAUGCAGUAAUAUUGCGCCCAUUAUUUUCCCGACAGACUGAUAUAAAUACUGCCGAGUCGGCAAGGAUUUUUCUUUCUUUGCUAGCCAAGAUUCUCACCGAUGAGUUUGCGGCCUGUCAGGGAAAUUAUGUGGAUUUGUUGCGCCUUGGAAUUGCACACCAUCGCUUUGCGACGGCUAGCCGCGGUCGAUGGUGACUGCGACGAGGCGAGACAUUUUGCUUCGACAAAUCCACAUUAUUUUCCCGACAGACUGAUAUGCAGCCUAGAGCAAACUCACCAGAAAAUUGAUUUUUUACUAGUCCGUUCGCAAAGUCGCUGGAGUGAUUUCGCCGACAUGCAAAGUGCGAAAACAAAGGUUCGCUUUGCACUGCGCAGUAGGCUUUCUUGGGCUGUCGCUCGCAUAAUUUUUAGACCUUUUCUGGGUAAAAGUUCCUUAUUUUGGCCACGACUUAUAACUUUGCGGAAACUGGUCGGAAUUAGCCCAAAUUUAGCGCGCACGCUCAAUUCAUCGUUUUCAAUGUCCGGACAGUGGAUUUGGUUAGCGAGGUACCUUCUUUUUUUACGUACCACCUCACCCUUCAAAAACGGCUGCAGCCUGUGAUUUUACACUUUAUACGAUGAAACGUGUCCAGAACUAAACUUAUUGCCUCCGUAUGGGACUAAAUGAGUCGUCAUCGCCUUCGUGGGUACCCUUAAAACUAUAGAGCUAUUAUGGUAAUUCAGGGCCAGCUAGGUCGAAGCGUUUUUUCCUAACUUUAUUGCCCAAGCUUGGGCGCAGUUCGCGGAGUACCUUUGUUGUGGCCAAAAUAAGGAAGUUUUCCCUUUUCUGCACAAUGCAAGUCGCCGACGUCACUUCAGCAACUUUGCUAGAAUUCCUAUGCCUUUUUUUUUCAUUUUUUCAACUAACCUUUUUCAGCUCGUUGCUUGCCUUAUCGCCCAUAAACUCGCUUUAUUUCAUUGGCAAUGACGAAGAGUCCAAUCAGCUUUAUCUUUCAAAUAUUGCUACAAUCCGCAUGAUACCCAAAAAAAGUUUCAAGUGCUAGCACUGCAAAUACGACGAUGUUUCAACCCGAUUCAUCGUUCUCUCUCAUUCUCAGGUCCGAAUUGCGAUUCAAAACGCGCAGAGCGGCGUUCCGGCCGGUGGCCCGCCCGAAACCCCCUCGGUUACAGUAACGGCGGAUACGUACGAUGCGGACGCGGAGAAAGGCCUCGGCGAAGAGGGCUCACAAUAUGGCAGCAAUUACAAUACAAUGGAGCCACAUCCCGAGGUCGCGCAAAACUUUAUGGAACAAAUCGAAAGACACCGAAUGAAAUUGGAGCAAACCAACAACUCUGAGGUCCAUGAUCUGCUGACUCCACCGCUGAAGGUAGGAAAAUGCCCUGUAUUUUUUUGACAAAAAAAGUACCACUAUCGAGUAGAGUUACAAGUCGAGACAUAUAAAGUUUUAACCAAUUCAAAAGCUUUGCUUUGAGCUAAAGUAAACCCUGGCAUCUUGACAAGCCUUAAAAAUAUCAACUUUGAUUAAUACUACAUAAUCUAAAUCAGGAAAAUUUUGCGAUUUUUUGAUAUAUAUCUCGACCUGUAACCAGAGAUUGCCGGCCCAAAGUCGAAGUCAGGCUUCGCGGCGUUCAGAAAAGUAAAAAUUUCGUGAUCUUGCAAUCUCUGCCUGUGACUUCACACUCCGUAGAAGUACUUACCUUGUAAGCACGUGGACUCUGAAAUCUUCUCUUGAAAUUACAUUAGGUAGCUCCAUUUAACUUCAGAUUGUUCAUCCAAGUCAGGCCGACCUUCAACGCUACUACAACCACCCAAUGUUGACCAUCCACGAAGAGUCCGAACCAAUAAAUUGGAGCCGGAAAUCGUCGCUGAAAUCGCAGGCUUCAACGGAAUUGGAGGAGCGGGGACGAGUCGAAUUCCACACCCACAGCGACGCGAAUAUUGGGCCAAGUCAGCCGGUUAGUCGGCGACAAUCCACCAUUUUGGAGUGAGUUGACUAUGACUAUAUACAAACUUCGAUUUAGCCACAUUUUCCGGAUUUUUUCGACCGGUUUUUUAGUCGAAAUUUUGAUAAGAAAUUUUCGACUCUGUAUUUGUCAUCAAUUUUCAGAGAACUGGGCGAACAGACGGAUCUGGCCGGACCUGUGGCCGAGGCCGUCGCCUACAUUCAAGCCAAAGAAGUGACGAUUGAGGAUUUGCGCGCGUUGGGCGAGGAAAUCGAAGAGGAAAAACACGAAUCGCAGGAGGAGGCGGAGCCCUCACAUCAAGAAAAAUGA